CCCCCCCCCCCCAAACACACCUAGAUUAUAGAGGCUGAGGGCACAAGUUAAUCCAUGACUUCUAAUAGGAUUCAUCCAAGCAAAAGGGCCAUAUUCUACAUUACAUGCUUGUGCUUAAGGUGAUGGAAGUAAACCACUUGUCUUCCUCACAGCCCUGGACAAGCCAGUGGCAGUAAUGAAAACAAAUUCGCGUCACCUGGAGGCAGUGUGAUACCAGGGACACAGUGAGAGCGAUCAUGCGCAAGCACAGAGGAUGCGCUCCCUCGGUACAAAAAUAAGAAUAAUCACGAUUGAGUCCAGUAGGACUCUUUCAGAGAUUAAACUGAAAAGAACAGAUACUACACUUGAUCUAAGCCAAAAGGCAAAGAGAGCUGAAGAAGAAAAGAAGAAGAAGAAAAUUCAGAGAGAGAGGAACCACAAGAUGAUUAAAUAGGC